UCCAACAAUCAUUCAACCAUUCAUUCUUCCAACCCCUGUGCUGCAUUUACUUCACUAGCACUUCCUUGCACAUAGAUUUGCUUCUUUUUUCCUUUUCUUCUAUCAUUAAUGGCUACUUCUUACUACACAACUCAAUCUCUUACUAUUUUUAUCACUACUUUUAUGGCAUUUUCAUGUACACUUGUGUUGGGUAAUAACUUGCCUGCCUCCACCAUUUCUGCUGCACCUGCAUUGCUGCCUGACCCCAUUUCUCCAUCAUCAUCAUCUCCGCCUGCGUUAUCACCGGAUAUGUAUCCGGUUUUCCCUUCACCGGGCGGCCCCGAGCUUGCUCCAAGUGACUCCUCAGCUCCCUUGAUUCCCUCUAGCCCAAGCCCUCCAAAUCCUGAUGCACUUGCAGCUCCCGGCCCCGGAGCUGCAUUGUCGCCAAUGGGGAUGCAGCCCGAUUCUUCUUCACGCCGGAGGAGCCCCGAGCUGUUCUUCUGCUCACUGCUCAUGCUGUUUGCUGCCUUUUCGGUUCAUCCAGGUUUUACUUUAUGUUCUGUGAUGUGAUGAAUUGACCUUCUUAUUUCUUAGUCUUUUCUAUUUAUUGGAAUAUGUUUCUUUUCUUAAAUUUUUUAUGACUUGUUGUGAUGUUUUUGUAAUGUGUAGAUUGCUGGAGAUAAUUUAGAGGUUGAUUUUUAUGGCUUUCUGAA